AAGCUCUCAGCUCCAAGUAGUCACUACAACCAACCAAAAACCAAUCAACCAUCACCAUGAAAUUCUUCGCCGUCUGCUUCUUCGCUGUUGUGGCCGUGGCUGCCGCCAAGCCUGGUAUUGUGGCUCCUCUGGCCGCCGCUCCCCUGGCCUAUACCGCUCCCGCUGUGGUGGGCAGUGCCGCCUACGUGGCCCCCUACGCCUCCAGCUACACCGCCAACACGGUGGCCCACAGCGCCGCCUUCCCAGCUGCUUACACCGCCGCCUACACCGCCCCCAUUGCCGCCGCCUAUACCGCACCAGUUGCUGCCGCCUAUACCGCUCCAGUGGCCCGCUUCGCCGCCCCCUACGCCGCCGCCUACACCUCCCCCCUGGCCUACAGCUCGCCCUACGUGGCCAGCCCCUAUGUGGCCACCGCUGCCGCCCCUCUGCUGCUGAAGAAGUGAAUCAACGGACUGUGAACUACUGAAAAUAAUUCCCUGUGAGCUCGGCUCAUGGCUUGGCAAAUAUUUUUCUAGACCUCAAUAAACGAUUUU